CCUCAGCCCAACACUCUGAACAUUACCCUCCGCCCAACACUAAACAUUACCCUCAGCCCAACACUCUGAACAUUACCCUCAGCCCAACACUCUGAACAUUACCCUCAGCCCAACACUCUGAACAUUACCCUCAGCCCAACACUCUGAACAUUACCCUCAGCCCAACACUCUGAACAUUACCCUCAGCCAAACACUCUGAACAUUACCCUCCGCCCAACACUAAACAUUACCCUCAGCCCAACACUCUGAACAUUACCCUCAGCCCAACACUCUGAACAUUACCCUCAGCCCAACACUCUGAACAUUACCCUCAGCCCAACACUCUGAACAUUACCCUCAGCCAAACACUCUGAACAUUACCCUCAGCCCAACACUCUGAACAUUACCCUCAGCCAAACACUCUGAACAUUACCCUCAGCCAAACACUCUCAACAUUACCCUCAGCCCAACACUCUCAACAUUACCCUCAGCCCAACACUCUCAACAUUACCCUCAGCCCAACACUCUGAACAUCACCCUCAGCCAAACACUCUGAACAUUACCCUCAGCCCAACAUCAUUACCCUCUGAACAUUAUAGUCACUAACGAGCACAGAAUUUAAAACAACGGUCCGGAAGAACUGCGGUGUGAGUGUGCGCGCGUGUGUCACGGUGCUGUCACGUGGUGUUGGUGGGUCAGGUGAUGCGGUGUGUGAGUGAGUCAUGGCGGCGGAUGAGCGCUCGUGCAGUCUUGAAAGUUUACUGAGUGAGGUGACGGAUCCGAAUAAUGUUUGUGAGAGAUGGAACAGCAUUCAGGAGUUCUACCAACACGUCAACACACAGGAGAACGGUCCUCAGGUUGCUCUGCGGUUGUUGGUGUAUAAGAUUCAGUCUCCUCAGGAGAGAGAAGCUCUGCAGGCUCUGACUUUGUUGGAGGCGUGUAUGAACAACUGCGGGAAGCGUUUCCACAGCGAAGCUACAAAAUUCCGCUUCCUGAACGAACUUAUUAAAGUUCUUUCACCAAAGUACCUGGGAACAUGGAGCUCCGCCCAGGUGAAGCAGAAAGUAACGGAGGUUCUGUUCAGCUGGACUCAGUGGCUGAAGGAGGAGCCAAAGGUGCAGGAGGCGUAUCACAUGCUGAAAAAACAAGGUAUUGUGAAGAGUGACCCGAAGCUGCCGGACAGUGUGGUGAUGCCUCCUCUUUCUCCGAGACAGGAAGUGUCAGUGUUUGAUGAUGAAGAUAAAGAGAAGCUUCUUUCGAGGCUGCUGAAGAGUGGACGGCAUGAGGACCUGGAGACGGCUAACAGACUGAUAAAGAGUGCAGUCAAAGAGGAGCAGGAGAAGAUGGAGAGGGAGAGCAGGAGGAUCAGAACUCUGCAGGAGGUGGAGAAAUGCACCUCACAACUCAGACUGCUCCUCAACCAGAGACCUACUCACACUGCCCAGAUCAAGGAUCUGUACGAGCGCUGUGAUAGGCUGAGACCAAACCUAUUCAGAUUGGCCAGCGACACCACAGACAAUGACGAUGAUGCCUUAGCAGGAAUACUGAAGUGGAAUGACGAUCUGACAGAAGUGAUGAACCUCUACAGACAAAACUCAAGAAAACAAGAGGAGGAUCCGGUUCCGACCCCCAGCACUGCAGAACCCAUCAGUCCAGUCAGAACCUACCACCUGAUGAACCUGCCUGCUGCAGGGGACGGUGUCCCCGAUAACCCUGCUGAGGACAGUGGCUGUCUAAUUGUGCUGGAUGAGGAGAAUGUUCCUCUUAGCGGUCUGUAUGGUGGGCGGAGUGAGGAAAUUAAGUCGUACAUGGAUGAACUUGUUCAGCUGGAGGAUGCAGUGAGUGCAGGUGUUGCACCCUGUGGAAAUGAAGACUACAUUACCCACAAUGCCUCAGCAUUAGCUGGCAUGUCACGCUUCGAUCAGCCAAUCAUCAUGUCAGGAUUUCCCAAACUCCACCCACUCUCAUCACUAGCAAAUGUCACUGUACCACUGGAUUCCAUUAAGCCCAGUGGACUAAAGCCAAUCACUUUGUUUGAUCGCUGUGGAGUUAGAGUUUCUCUGCACUUCACUAAAGAAGCUCCGCCCUCUGGACCCGAUGUCGCCACCAUCAUCAUCUCAGCUGUUAACACUUCUGCACUUCCUGUUUCAGACUUCCUGUUCCUGGCAGCUGUUCCCAAG